UUUUAGCACAAUAACUGAGAUCACACCCAUCUUCAGUAUCCACUGAAAGCGUUAACUUGGCCCUCUCCAUCACCAUCCUCCAGGCUGUAUAUCAGGUGUCUCCACCGCAAACAACAGAGUCUGCACUUUAAAUUCCCUGAAUGAGGACAGGCAGCUAUGUUGCAAGACGCCACUUGUUGCAGAGUUCUCAGCAGGGGCUUCUACAGCUGCAACUGGAGGCACCAGAGUGAAAAGAAGACCAAAUGUGCAUGCUGUUGGCUCUCAGUAGUCGCGCUGGUCACAGUGCUUUCUCUGUGCUGGAUCUACAUUUGUUUGGUUUCUUUCAAUGACCGAGAGGAUGUGAACUGGAAGGUUUUCACAAUACUGAAGCAGUGGGUGAACUGGUUCAUGGUGAUGGUCAUCAUUUCUUCAAUGUUGUCCACUUACUGCAUUCUGCUGCUGGUUUUUGCACUGAUUCAAGUUGCCCUGAGAGAACCGUUGGACUUGCACCGACUGCAUCAGAUUCUUUUAUUUUUUGGUGUGCUAUUCAUUACUUUUGGGGUCAUAGGAAUUACUGUUGCCUGGCGAAUAGCGUGGUCAACUGUUCUCCUCUCACUGCAGGCUACAGCUCCCUUUUUGCAGAUAGGUGCUGUUGGAGCUUUAACGCUGCUGAGCUGGUUCAUCUUCCAGACCCUCCGCAGGGCCCAUGGAGCACGUGCAAAGAUCCUGAUUGUGGUCAUAUUUGUUAUAUUUACAGCAGUUAUUUUCCUGAGUCCUCUGAUCAUUGACUCUCCGUGUCUGACUGAGGUGGAUGAUUUACCUCCUAAACCACGUCUCAUUGGACACAGGGGAGCACCCAUGGUGAGCAUCUCACAAGCCCUGAACUGGCCCCCAGAGAACACCAUGAUGUCCUUCAACAGGAGCAUAGAAUGCAACGUGGCCACCUUUGAAACAGACAUACAGCUCAGCAAAGACAGAGUUCCUUUUCUGAUGCAUGACUCCGGCUCUGGCUUCUUGUUGAGAACAACAAAUGUUACAAAGGUGUUCCCUGGGCAAGACUUUAGCCACGGAACCAACCUGACGUGGGAGGAGUUAAAGGGGCUGAAUGCAGGUGAAUGGUUCCUGAAGGCAGAUCCUUUCCAUUCAGUGUCACAGCUCACAGAGGAGCAGAGGGAAAUGGCCAGAGGUCAGACAGUACCCUCCUUACGUCAGCUGCUCAUCCUCGCAAAGCAGCACAAUAUCUCAGUGAUGUUUGACCUAAAAAGUCCGGCCUGGACAACAAACAUAGUGGACACAGUCAGGACCAUCUUAACAUCUGGCAUCGACCAAAGCCUGAUCUUCUGGCUUCCUCCAGCAAAAAGAGAAUAUGUAACAAAGACUGCUCCAGGCUUUGUCCAAGUCUACGACGAUCAAGUUCAUAUGUUUAAUGCAGGAGCAAACCACCUGAAUGUGAAAUACAGUAGUUUACACGCAACUGAAAUCAGGGAUCUUCAGAGGAGGAAUGUUUCUGUGAACCUGUGGGUGGUUAAUGAACGUUGGCUGUUCUCACUGCUGUGGUGCUCAGGAGCUACUUCUGUGACCACCAACAGCUGCCACCUCCUGCAAAAAGUUGACUGGCCGGACUGGGUUCUGCCUCCUGGCACAUAUCUCAUUAUAUGGAUCACAGUGGACCUUGCUUCUCUUCUAAUAAUGAUUGGACUCUUCAUGUGUCAGCGGAGAAGAUGGUGUGUCCGUGACAAAACAGGGAGAGAGAAGCAAAGAAACGAGAUGACAGCCUGGAAUCAGAGAGAACUGUCCCCGUUCUUACCCAGUGCAUAGCUCAGACAACUCCAGCAGGUGUUCUUUCAUCAAAUGUGUCUACACUUCAACAACAGUUCAACUCUGGAUAUCA